AUGCCUCCGGACGGAAAUUUCGGCGUUUUCGCAAUCUCCAAGACGGGCGAGAGCCAAAUACUUGCAGCUCCACGAGUGGAUGACCUUGGCCGAGAACCACGGCAACGGAAGCGACACGCAAAGUCUCGCGCUGGAUGCUUGUCAUGCAAAUCUUCUAGAGUCAAGUGUGAUGAGAUUCGACCUGCCUGCGCGAGAUGCGCUGCCAGGAAUAUACCUUGCCAAUAUGAGUUUAGCAUCAUGUCCAUGUUGCCAAAGUUCUCACGGCAACAACUCCAUCAUCAGAGAUUCGGGGCGGGCUCCGUUCCCAAGUCCCUCGGUCUCGGUCUCGAUUUACCCAGUCUACGGCUCAUGCAUCACUUUGACCACUACACAUCGCCAACCCUAGCUUUCGGCAGUUUAGUAUGGAGAGAUGGAGUGCUUCCUGUGGCAUUGAAUAAUGAAGUUGUCAUGCACGCCGUCUUAAUGAUCUCGGCAGCUCACCAGCGAAGUCUUUCGCCCCACAACGCUGAACAUAACAAGUCAAUGUCAUACCAUCUGGAUCUAACUCUCUCUGGGUUCAGGGACCUUCUAUCGCAAGGCACGGAUGGUUUCAAUCACGAUAUUAUUAUCGCUUGUGCUAUGCUUCUCGUGCACUAUGCUUGGUCCAUGCCGUUCUUUGCAUAUGAAGAUGACAAGAUCGACAUGACCAGUGAACCCGAUAGACUGCUCAAAUUUGCAGCUGGUCUCAAAACGGUCAUGAAGACCAUGAAGGAAGACAAGAGGUACACAAACGGCAUCUUCAAGGCCCCCAUGUCCUAUAACAGCAUCGACCAGUUUCGACAAUUUGAAGAAUCGCUGGCAGAGACCUUUGUCUUCGACGAUAUCUUUUUCAGCGCACGAACUAUGACUUUGACCAACUAUGAUGGAUGCUGUAUAGAAGGUCAAGACUUCAACGCCUGUGAUCGACUGACGCCGCUGCUCAGAACCAUGGAUGCCGUAUCCAAGGGCCGAGUCAUUCACCAUUUGAUACCGCAGAUUCAGGUGUAUACUCUCUUCUGGCCCGCCAAAGCAUCCAAAGAUUUUGAAGAGGACGUGGCGGACAACAAGACUGAGGCUCUGGUCAUCAUGCUCUGCUUUUAUGCCACUGCUUGGCGGCUUCUGUCCGAGGACGUUUGGUGGGCCAAGUCUCGCACAAAGGUCAUGUGCGAGUCUAUCUAUCAAUAUUUGGAUAAUAAUAAAGAUCCAGUAUGGGAGGGAGAUAUUGAGAAUGUUCGCCGCUAUUUUGGAUUCGCGCAGAAUAGCGCUGGCAAGUGGACAAUCGGAAGUCUAGGAUCUAUCUCAUCCUGCUGA